UUGUUGGACGAACUCGUAUCUCGCCGCGUUGGAAGGAUAGCAGUUGCCUGUUGAGCGGCACUUUCGUCACUUCUUCCUUGUCCUUUGUUGCCGGAAUUGGUCUCUGCGCGUGUAGUAGCGGCGUAGAGGUGUAACGGAGCGGUGUCGCGGCUGGCCAUUUGAUACAUACAUCGAUACGCACGUACGAUCAUUUCGCAAACAUGAAGUAUCUCCCGGUUAUCUUUUUUGCCAUUUCGACGAUCGCCGUUGUUCUCGGCGACGAGAGUUCAGUUCUCGAAGAAGAGGAUGGCGUUCUGAUUGUAACUAAGAAAAACUUUCAACAGGCUGUUACCGACAAUCAGUUCGUUCUCGUCGAAUUCUAUGCCCCAUGGUGUGGCCAUUGCAAAGCAUUGGCACCAGAAUAUGUUAAGGCAGCUAAGCAGUUGGCCGACUUGGGUUCUGAAGUAAAACUUGGAAAAGUUGAUGCCACCAUAGAAACAGAACUCGCAGAGGAACAUGGCGUCAGGGGUUACCCAACUCUAAAAUUCUUCCGCAAGGGAUCACCUGUUGAGUAUGGCGGCGGUCGUCAAGCUGAUGACAUUGUUAAUUGGCUGCUUAAGAAAACUGGACCUCCAGCUAAGGACUUGACUUCCGUAGAUGAUGCUAAAACUUUCAUCGACGGAAACAAUGUCGCUGUCGUUGGCUUUUUCAAGGACCAGGAUUCAGAUGCUGCAAAAUUGUUCUUGGAUGUUGCGAACAGCGUUGAUGAUCAACCCUUCGGAAUUUCAAGCAGCGAAGAUGUGUUUGGCGAAUACCAAGUCGAAGAUGGCAAGAUUGUUCUAUUCAAGAAGUUUGACGAAGGAAAAGUUGAAUUUUCGGGCGAAGUAACUGAAGAAGCUUUGAAACGUUUUGUUGCCAGCCAAUCUUUGCCACUGAUUGUAGAAUUCAAUCAUGAUACCGCUCAGAAAAUCUUCGGUGGAGACAUCAAGAGCCACUUACUGUUGUUCUUGAGCAAGGAAGGAGGCGACUUUGAUAAAUAUGUUGAAGGUAUCAAGGAAUCAGCAAAGAAGUUCCGUGAACAGGUUCUGUUCGUUACAAUUAAUGCGGAUGAAGAAGAUCAUGAGAGAAUCUUGGAGUUCUUUGGAAUGAAGAAACAAGAAGUGCCUGCAAUGCGUUUGAUUAGGCUGGAAGAGGAUAUGGCCAAAUACAAACCGGAAAAUCCGGAACUUAGUCCCGAGAAUGUACUUGCAUUUGUAACUGCAUUCGCAGAGGACAAAUUGAAAAAGCAUCUUCUGUCCCAGGAUUUGCCUGAAGAUUGGGACAAAGAACCCGUCAAAGUACUCGUCAGCACUAACUUUGAUGAAGUUGUACUUGAUACCGAGAAGGAUGUCUUGGUCGAGUUUUACGCUCCUUGGUGUGGUCAUUGUAAACAACUGGUGCCGAUCUAUGAUGCUCUUGCUGAGAAAUUCAAAGACAGCAAAACGGUUCUCAUCGCGAAGAUGGAUGCCACUGCCAACGAGCUUGAACACACCAAAAUUACUAGCUUCCCAACAAUUAAACUGUACCAAAAAGGAGACAAUAAGAUUGUCGAAUACAGUGGAGAAAGAACGUUGGAAGGUUUAUCCAAAUUUUUAGAGACCGGAGGUGUUUAUGGUCAGAGCGCCGAAGAGGCCGAGGAGGAAGAUGAAGAUGAUGAUGUACCACGAAAGGAUGAAUUGUAAUCUGAUGCACAAUUCAAGAAAAUCAAUUACCCCUUAAUAUAUCUUUUCCUGUCACAUGGAGCGAAGUCGGCGCAAACAUGUGUUCUCGAAUCGUGCGUUGGGUCACGUUAAAAUGGAGGGAAAGAAAAAAUAAAUUAAAAAUGAGGUCACCUGUUGUGCUUAAAAAAAGCGUCAAACCUAUGUUAACACCACUAAAUACUGUCAUUUUAACGUACAAAUAUCUACAAAGGUUGUUAGUACGCCAUUUUAUCAAAUAAGAGGUACUAAAAAUCGACCGAAUCAUGUACAGGAUCAAUUUUCCUACUAGCCUUUAAAAAUUUUCACAUUUUUCAGCUGACUAAAAAUUUAUUCCGACUUUGAAUAUUUCUAACUCUGGAUCUUGAUUCUUGUGUAUAAUUACUGAAUAGGUUUAGUUUCAGAUUUUUUUUUAAAUAAUAUAUUGUACGUGGUCGUAAAUAGGUUUUUUUUUUUUUUUUAUUGCAAUUUAACCAUUUUUCUGUUGAUGCUUUACCAUUUUUGUUUUCAUUCAAUUGAUCAAAUCGCAGUACAAGUCAAGAAAACCUUAUGUAAUUUACCCCCGAUUCUUAAACUUGGCCGCUUGCGAGAUGUUCGUUUUCCCUCAAUUAAUAUAUCUUAAAACCUGCACGUCGAACAAUGGUACAUCUUUUUAUGCCGAGCACAACUUUGCUAAUACGUGAGGUAAAAAAGACUGCUUCCAUGGUGCGUAUGAUACUUUAUACGGUAAAAGUACGGUUCACAAGUUUUGUUUCAUCAUUGCGAAGUACAAAAAACCACUACUUAUUGCCAAGAUAUAAAAGUGCUUCUUUUCUGUACUGUGGCAAAAAUGACCAUGCUUGCGUCGCACAAAACAUAUUUCAAUACAAAAGAAAGUUGUGGAAUGAUAAGGUUAGAUAUCCGAAGGAACUACAGUGGGUUUCGUUCACUCGUAUUUCAGCAUGACAAAUUGUUAUUUAAAUAUCCAAAAGUUGAACCAUCACAGUGACCUGACUGACCAGGAAGCCACCGUAUAAAUGCGUUGAGCUAGGUCGAUUCAUCCUACUUUCUUCUGGUAUUUGGUUUAAUUCGUAUUUUACAAAAUGUAAUAAUUUGUGAAAUCGAAUUUAUCAUUUAUUUGGACUUGAUUCGACGUUCUAUGCAUCCACAUAUCUGCGUAUCUAUGUUUGCUUCAGAAUUGCCUACAAAAUAAUGUAAACUAGUUUUUGUUUUUGCUACGUUUUUUCAUACGGGCCCAGAAAAUUGUUUUUUUAUAUAUUUUUUUUUUAUAAUACUUCCAUUUUUCCAUUCUUUAUUUUAAGUCUUUUUCUGUUCAACUUGCCAAUAAGUUUACAGUUACAUGACUGUUGAUUUAUCUGCAGGUUAUUUAUUCCAUAUGCGGCAUUUAAUUGAAGAAAACUAGAAAAGUGGUUGUUAUUUAAGAAGUAUUUAGGUGAGGAAGUAAUUCCAAUUUAAUUGUAAUUUUACCGACUGAAACGUUUGUAGAAGAUUAUGGAUGAGAUAAAAUGAGAAAUUAUAUCUUUUAA